AUGGCUCGCUCGUUGUCGGCUGCUGGUCCUGCCCUGGCAAAGCCUUGCCAUAGUCCAAAUUCUCAGCCGUUCUCCAAAAAAAUUCGUCUAGAAUGGAAUCCGUCAACGACAUAUACAAAGAAACAAUCCGAGAUGCGUUCUAAAUGCGAAACGGCGGCAAUUGCAAUAGCCCACGAACUUAAGCUGAGGGAUCCAGGUCGGUUCUUGGCAAUUAGGGUGGCGGUUAUUCAAGGUGGUGUGCAUGUGAAUCCAUCCAUGUAUGAGGAUGCUCGCAAUCAUCUCCUUGUCCGGUACAGCAAUGCUAGAGGGCGAAAGCUUGGGAGUGUACAUAUCAUAUAUAAUGAUGAGACAGAAUCAUUUGACUUGCAGGAAACAACGAUUGAAUACUGGGCCAGCAACUCAUUUGUACAACAGAAAGUCUUUAACUUGUAG